AUGAAGAAAAUAUAUUUAUGCAUUUGUCUUAUGACAAUUGUUAUCUUCAAAAUUUUUAAAAAUAAGCAACAUAUAAUGGAUAAACAUUUUUAUGACAGAAAUGUUUAUAAAAAGGAUAACCAUAGAUUUACAUGUAACCUUUUUUUAAUUCUAUAUUUUCCAUAUAAGAGAAGUUUAUAUAAUGAUAUUUUAUUUUAUCAAUUAAUAAAAGGAAGUACGUUUCCUUUCAAAUUAAAUGUGAAUCAUAAUUUAAAAUACCCUUUCUUCUCAUCAAAUAAUGAUAUAACAAAAAUUAUAAAUAAUAAAACCAGUAGAAUAAAAACAUAUAAUAAUUUUCCAAUUUCUUUAAAAGGCACACCUUUAAAAAGUGUAAUAAUAAAAUAUCAAAACAAACGAUAUCUUAGUGAACACAAAUAUAUAGAACAAAACAAAAGAGGCCUCAAAAAAUUAGAAGAUGAUGAAAUUAAAAAAGCAGGAGAUAUGAAAAAAGAACAAAAAAAAGAAAGGUAUUCUCCAUACAAUAAAUCAUAUUUAAAUGAAGAAGAAAACACAUUUAGUAAUUUGCAUGCAGCAAAAUAUAUUUCCAAAAAUAGAACUAUUAAAUAUAAAAAGAAUAAAAUUAAAAAAAUAGAAGAAAACAUUGUUAAAAAAAUAAAUACUAAAAAGCAACAUAUUAAUAAAAAUCAAAGUAUUAAGUUAGAAUCAUCAUCUAGUAGGAAAAGUCCUAAAAUUAAUAUUAAUAAUAUUAUAAAAAAUAAGAUGAAUAUACAUAUGAUGGAUAAUACAACUUUUGUGGAAAAUCUUAUGAAAAAUCCUAUGAAAAAUCCUAUGAAAAAUCCUUAUGUAAUAUAUAAACAAGAAUUUAUUAGAAGUGUAAACACACUAACAUCUUUAAAAUUUUAUGGUAUGGAUUUAAAUUAUUUAGAAUAUCAAAUAUUAACUAUACAUGAUUCAACUGAUGAAUGUAAAGGUAAAAAAUUAGGAGAAAUACAUAUUCUUGAAAAAUAUAAUUCUUAUAUAGUUACUGAUUCAUUUAAAGUAAAGAAAAUUGGUCUUUUCCUUAUAUGUACUACAUUAACUUAUAUAGAAUCUGUAGGUGUAUUAAAAGUUCAAAAUAAUUUAAUUGAUGAAUUUGAUAGUGUAAUUAAUAAUAAUAAUAUAUCAACAUUUAAUUGUUCAACAGAUCCAAAAUCUAUAUUAAUUUAUUCGAAAGAACGACUUGUAAAUAUAAAUACUAUUAAUGAUGAAGAAAUUAAACCUGAAGAAUUUAUUGACCUUUCCAAAUAUUCUGAAUAUUUACAAAAUGAUAUUUCUCUUCUUGGUUGUUCUGCUAAUAUCAAUGGAUAUAUUGUGGUAUUAGAUAAAAAUGUUAUAUAUGUUUUAUUUAAUAAAAUGAUAAAAGAAAUUAUUAUUCAUUUUUUAAAAAAUCCUAUAGCUAUAUAUUUAUAUAAUCAUACUAUAUUUGUAACUGAUGCAGAACGGAAAAAUAUUUUUCGUUUUGUGUCGAAAUAUAUUUUAACAAAAACAUCUAAAAAAUUGACACCUAUAUGGAAUUAUUAUACAUAUUUGAAAUACCAAGAGGAAAUUGGGAAUGGUUUAGAUAAGAAUAUAGAAGGAACAAAUGAAUUAAUAUCAAAUAUAUUAAGAACUAAUAAAUUAUUUGAAAAAGCAGAUACAAUAAAACGUAUAGAUGAAUUUAAUAACGGAAAAAGUUAUCUUAUAAAAAAUACUCAAUUUUUAAGUAGUCUAAGAGAAUUUCCUUCAAUGAAUAAAUAUCCUAUAAGUCUAUUAAAUGAAAGUUUUACAUUGAAUUAUCCUUCAGGUAUUGUGGUUGUUAAUGAUACAAUAUAUUUUGUUGAUACAGGAUUACAUGUAUUAUUUUCUUAUUCUUUAAAAAAAGGAAUUAUAACAGAUAUGUUUGGUUAUUUAAAUUAUACAGUGAAGAGUGAGAACGGAUUAAAUAAACCAUAUUCCUUAUCAUUAUUUUCUACAAAUAAUGGAAAUACAAAUUUAUUAUUUUUAAGUGAAUUAACAAGUUCACGUAUUUUAAUAUUUGAAAUAAAUAAUUCUAUUAAAUUAUAUUUAACUUAUAAUAAUAUUAAUUUUGAUGUAAUCACAUCUAUUGUAACUACAUCUUAUUAUUUAAUCAUAUGUGGAUUAAAACAAAAUAUUGAUAUUUAUAAAAGUUAUAUAACAUUUAUUAAAAUAGAAGAAUUAUCACAUAUAGAUAUACAAUAUAAUGAAUAUGAUACAACAUUAUAUUAUGGAAAAAAUUUUUCUCUAGAUCCAUUAAUAAAGAGUACAAAUAUUAAAGAAUUCAAAAUGAAACAAGUAGAAAAAUAUACAAAUAAAAUAAUUAACACAGGAUUAAAAAUUGAUAAAGAUACAGGAAUUAUAAGUGGAAAAAUUAAUAUAUCAACUGAAUUUCAUAUUAAUAUAUUUGUAAAAGAUUAUUUUAAAAAUAAAACAUUAACCUUUCUUAAUUUUGUUUCUUCUUGUCCAAAAGGAUUUAAUAUUGAAAAUAAAAAAUGUAUACCAUGUCCUAUUGGAUUAUAUUAUUCUAAUAGGAAUAAAAGUAUAAAUAAAUGUAUACCUUGUGAAAAUUAUAGAAAAAAUUCCACAACGUUAUAUAAUUCUUCUAAAUCAAAAAAAGAAUGUUUAUGUAAACCUGGUUAUUAUCUUAAAGACAAAAAGUGUGUUAAAUGUGUUGCUGGGUUUUAUAAAGAUCAAAUAGGAAAUUUCAAAUGUCAAGGAACAUGUGAAAAUACAAAAAUAAGUAUAGAAGUAGGAGCAACAAAUUAUGAAGAAUUAAAAUGUACAUGUAAAGAUGGUUAUUUUACAGAUAAAAAGAAAAAAGGAUGUAUUCCAUGUCCCUUUGGACAUUAUUGUAUAUAUAAUCCUAAAGAAAAAUAUAAAGCAGAUAUUAUUCGUUGUAAAAUUAAUAAAUUAACAUUACACAGAGGUUCGAAAUCACCUAAUGAUUGUAUAUGUUCUCAAGGUUAUUAUCAUGAUUAUAAAAUGGAUGAAUGUCAAUUAUGUAAUUAUGAUCAAUAUAAAUCACAUAUUAGUAAUGAUCCUUGUACACCAUUUAUAUCUCAAUCAUUAAUAAAUCAAGAAUAUCAAAUCAAUGAAACGUAUAAUCAAUAUACAAAUAUAUAUAUAAAGCAAACAAGUAAUAUUAUAUUUGCUCCUAAAAAAGGUUCUAAAAUGUUUCAUGAAGCUACUUUAUGUGAAACGGGAUAUUCAUAUAGUAUGAAUAAAUCUAUAUGUUCGAUAUGUAAAUAUAAUAAUUAUUGUUUAGGUUUAGAUUAUUCAAGUAUUAUAUGUCCUAGAAAUUCUAUAACUAUCAAAUUAAAAAGUGUUAGUGCUUUAGAUUGUUUGUGUAUAAAAGGAUAUGGAAGAAUCAUAAUUAAUACUAACCAAUCAUUUACCAUAUCUUGUAUACCAUGUCCAUACAAUACCUUUCAACCUAAUCAUUCAUAUGGAAAAUGUAUUCCUUGUCCUCCUCAUACAUUUACUAAAAUUACUGGAGCUACAUCAAUAACUGAAUGUAUACCCAAAAGGGGAUAUUAUAAUUUAUCAUUUGAAUAUAUAUAUGAAUAUUCAAAACAACGAAUGUUAAACAGUAUUCCACAUUUUAUUCAACACUAUCAUUACUUUUUAAAGAACAUAUAUGAAAAUGUUGUCAAAAGAGAGAAAAUGAAAAGUAAUAAUAAUAAUAAAAAAUAUAUAUAUACAACUCACAAACGAAUUAAUUUAAAUAGAAAAAAUACUAAAUAUAGUUAUUUUCCAAGUUACAUUAAUAUAGAGGACAAAAAAAAUAUAUAUUAUGAUAAAUAUAACAUACCCAAAAUUACUAAUAAUAUACAUAGUUUGAAAAGUCCAUACAAUAAUAUAUUCCAUACAAAUUAUUUAAAAAAUAUUUUUAUAUUUAUGGAUUUAUUCAAAAUAAAUAAAUAUAUAUAUAAUCAAAAGAGUAAACAACAAAGAGAAACUAUAAUAUAUGGUCAUAAUAAUUUAUCAUUUGUUCAUAUAAAGAAUGAAAAGAACUUUUCAUAUGAUCAACAAAUAAACAAGUAUAAUAUCAAUCUGGAACAUAAUAAUAAUAAUAAUAAUAUUUAUAGUAAUAAUAAUAAUAAUUUAAAUUUUGUUACACAAACGAAUGAAAUAAAUAAGGAAUAUACAAAAUUAUUAUCCACAAAAGAACAAAAUAUAUCAUCUCAUUCAAUAUCUAUUCUAAAUAAUCAAAUUAUUAACGAUGAAAAUAGGAACCUAAUAUUCAAUGUAUCAGACACAUAUAAUCAUAUUUUAUCUCAAAGUAUUAAUAUAAUAUCACAUGAUAUUAAUGAUAUAUUAAAAAUUAUAAAAGCAAGAGAAGAAAAUUAUUUUAUUAAUAAAAGUAAGGAUAUAAAAUAUACCUGCUAUGAAAAUGAAGAAGAUAAAGUAUCUAAAAAAAGAAAUAAUUUUAUGUAUGUAUAUACUAUACCUGAAAUUGAUGUAAUGAGCUGUUUAAAUGCUUGUAUAUCUAACCUAUAUUGUACAGGUAUCGAAAUGAAUACAACAGAAAAUAAAGGGAAAACAAAUUUAUCUAUUAUGUUAUAUAGAAGUUAUGGUAAGAUAUUUAUUAAUUUAUAUAAAUGUAGUUUAUAUUUUUAUGAAGAUUUAACAUAUUAUUAUAAAAAAGAAAAUUUUAAAGUAAUAAAAAAUAUAGAACAAUAUAACAAUAUAUAUAAUAAAAUAAUUAGUUGUGUUAUUCAAAAAAACCCUAUACUUCAUUUAUGGAAAAUUUAUUCCUUUCAAAAAUGUCCACAUAAUUAUUAUUGCGAACAAAAAUCUUUAAAAAAAAAAAAAUGCCCAUUAAAUUCAAUAAAAACAAUAUAUGAUGGUACAAUAAAUGAUUGUUUAUGUCUACCUGGUUAUUAUUUAAAAGGUAAUAUAAAAACAUGUGUACCAUGUGAAAAAGGAAGUUAUAAAAAUACAAUAUCUAAUGAUCCAUGUGUAAAAUGCCCUAUUAAUUUUACUACAUUAUUUGAGACAUCCAAUUCUGUAUAUGACUGUGUUUGUAGAAAGGGAUAUUACUUUUCAUGGAAUACAAAUAUUGAGACAAAUCAUAUAAUAAAUAAAAAUAUGAUUAAUAGUAAUAUCAAUUCUAUAUACAGGAAUAACAAAGAAAUUAAACUGAUAAAACAAUUAGAAGAAGAACAUACUUUGAACUUAAUAAAGAAAAAAAAAGAAAAACAUAAAUUUAUAUUACGUAAAAAAUUUUAUACUAGAUAUGGAGAAAAUAUUCAUAAAAAACAGAUAUCUUUAAAACGAAAAGUUAAAUUUUUUCAUGAAAAAAAAAAAAAUAAUAAUCAUUUGAAUUUUUUACAAAUGAAUGAAAUAUUAAACGUUUCUAUUUUUAAUGAUAAUCAAAAUAAUAUAUAUAAGAAUAAAAAUAAACAAGAAAAUGAUAAAACCAUACAAAUGAAUUUGGAAUUAAAGCAAAUAUUUUUACAUUCAAAUAAUAUUUCUAAUAAAUAUAUAAGAAAUGAUUUUUUACAAAUAAAUGAAAAAUCGUACAUUAACAAAUCCAGUAAUUAUUACCAUAAUAAUUACAAUGAAUAUAUAUACAAGGCUCAAUGUACCAAAUGCCCUAGUAAAAUGUUUUGUCCAGGUUAUUGGUUGGAAAACUAUGAAAAUGAGAUACAUCAUCCUCCUAUAUAUUGCCCGAAAGGGUCUCUAAUACUUGGCACAACGUUAGAAUCAACAAAUAUUCAUAAAUGUAUAUGCAAAAAGGGUUACAGUAUAAAUAAAUCCAUAAAACCAAAAAGAAAGAAAAAUAUAAAUAUUGAUAGUAACGAUAAGGAUAAUAGUAAUGGUAAUAGUGCUACUUUCAAUAAUGAUAAUAAUAUGUGUAUUAUGUGCAAAGAGGGAUAUUAUAAAGAUGUUGUAGAUAAUUCUGUAUGUGCAGGAUUAUGCAUAGAAUUUUCUACAUCUUUUAAAGGGUCUAUUAGUAAAAAACAAUGUUUUUGUACAGUUGGAAAAUAUAUGAUUCAAGAUGAAAAGGAUGAAAAUAAAUGUAUUAAUUGUUCGAAAGGAUCAAUAUGUAUUGGUGGUUUUAAAUUUAAAUCAUUAAGGGAAUUAAUAAAAAAUCAAUAUUAUAUAAAUUUAAAUAUUUAUGAUCAUUCUAUACCUCUACCAAAAAAAGGAUACUUCGCUACCUUCCAAAUUAAUCAUGAAGAUUUUAAAUGGAAACCAUUAAAUUCAUUACAUAUAGAAAUUAAUAAUUAUGAAAAAGGGAAUAUAAUAAUAACUGACAAAAUAAUUCGUUAUUUGUUUCAUAAAAAAUUAAAUCAUAUAAAUAUAGGCGAAAAAAAUAAAUAUGUUGAAGCUGAUAGAGGAAUAUAUAUAAAGAAGAACCUAAAUAAUAAUUCUGUUAUCCAAAAUAAUAAUAAUAUAAAAUCUUUUGUGGAAGGAGUUAAGAAUUUAAGAGAGAGAACAAUGAAAUAUAUUCCUAAUGAACAACCUAUAUUAAUAAAUGAAAAAUUAGAAAAAAUAAUAUAUAAAAAUAAUUUUUUAGUAGUAGAUAGAAUACCUGAUUUUCAUUUAUGUCCAAUCAGUAAUAGAUGUAUGGGUACUUCAUUUAAUUUAUGUUUUAAAGGUUCAGAAGGAUAUUUAUGUAAUAACUGUAUAAAUAGUUAUGAUCUUAUUCAUUUUAGAUCACAAUGUGUUAUGUGUAGAAAGAAAAAAAGAGAAAUGAUAAAUUUAUUAAUACAUAAAUGUUUGUUUUAUAUAAUAAUAUUUUUUAUAAUGUAUUUAAAUUAUUAUUGUUAUAUAAAAAAGAAUUAUUUAUUUAUUAGUAUAUUAAAAAUAUGGUAUCUCUUUAUUAUUUGUUUUAUACCUUAUAGUUUUAUUAUUGAACCUAUAGAAAAUGAUCUCAAAAAUUAUCAGUCAUAUUUCCAAUUAUAUAUAAUAUUACCAAUGAGAUUUAUUGGACAUUAUUUUAAAUUGAAUUGUUUUUUUAAUAAUUCAAAUACAGAAAUAAACAAUAAUAUGAAAGAUAAUAAGGUACACAUAUAUAUAUACAUAUGGUACAUACAAAGAUUUCUUAAAAUAGCGGAACCAAUAUUUGAUUGUAUUCUUUUUACUUUGAUUUUUUUCAUAAUAUAUUUUUUAUAUAUUUUAUGGAAUAAUGAAAGAAUACAAAUAACUCAAAAUGUUAUAAAAAAACAAAUAGAAAAUAUACAAUAUAAUUCGUAUGGGAAACAUAUAUAUGACUUUUAUUAUUAUUAUUAUCAGAAUAAUGUAAUUGAUAUAAUAAAAAAUACAAAUAAUAAUUGUAAUAUUAAAAAUUGGAAUCAAUCUUAUUAUGCUCAUGAUUAUUUAUCAAAAAAAAAAAAAAAAAAAAAGUAUAUAUCCAAAUGGAGUCUCAAACAAACAAAAAAGAAGUUAAUCCAAGGAUGGAAACAUAAAAUAGGAAAACCAUUUAAACAUAAAAAGGAAAAUUCUAAACAUUAUUAUAAUUAUGAAAAUAAAGAAAACAAUAGUUUAUGUAGUGAAUCAACCAAACAUGACAAUUAUAUAAAUAAUAAUUAUACUAAUUCUUCUUGUGAAGACAAGUUUAUAUAUACAAAAAAAAAGACAACAUAUUAUAAUAAUACAAACCAAUCAAGUGAUGAUGAAAAUAUAUAUAAUGUUAAAGAAAAAUUAUUAAAAAAAAAAAUCACAAAUAAUUUUGGAUAUGAACAUAUUGAAAAAGAAAAAUAUUGGACAAGUAUUUGUUUAUCAAAUAUAUAUAAUAUUAGAGCAUUAGGUUUAUUUCGUUAUAUACAUCCUUAUAAUAUAAAUAUAUGGGAUAAAAUUAAACGUAUAUUCUCUGAUCUGUCAUGUGUAUAUAUUAUAAUAUUAUAUAUUUAUUUCCCUUUCAUAAUAAUAACUUUAUUAGAACUAGUAUGGUGUCAAUCUAUUCAAUAUAAAGAAAAUGCUUCUUUAUUAAUUUUAUAUCAUAUGCCAUCACAAGUAUGUGAUUUUCAAAAUAAAUUAUUUUUAUCAGGAGUUUUAUAUUCUUCCUUUUUUUUAAUUAUAUAUAUCAUAUUAUUUUCUAUCUAUAUUUAUGAUACAUUAAAAAGUAUCAAAGCCGUUGGAUCCUAUUCAAAUAAUUUAAAAAGCUACUUUUUAUUUAAUGGUCAUAAUUAUCAAAAUAGAUGUUGGGAAAUUAUAAAUAUUAUCAAAGUAUCAUUUAUUAUUAUUCCUUUUAUAUGUCAAUUAUAUACUAAAAGAAAUAUUAAUUCAAAAUAUUUUAUAUGUUGUUGUAUUGUACUUGUAUUAAUUACAGAAGUUGCAUGUAUUUUAUUAUAUUCUCCUUAUGAUAAAAGAUCAAAUAAGUUAUUACAAAAAUUAAGUCUCAUAUCUUCUUUUUUUAUAUUAAUUUCCUAUUUGACCGUACAAGUAGGAUUCUUUUUUGAUGUGACAAUUUUGAAUAUUAUUCCUAUUUUUUUAUUUUUCUAUUUUCAUAUAUAUGUUAUAAAACAAAUUAUCUUGGAUUUUGCAAUUUAUAAGAACAUAUUAAAAAAGAAAGACAAUCAUAUAUCCUUUCAUAAAAAAAACAAAUCUAAUGAUAUGUUGAAUGAAUAUAAUUUUUUAUUUUUUUCUGAUAAAAUAGAAAUAGAUAACAAAAAUUCCAAAACAUCACAAGGAAUUGAUAGAACCCUUCAAUAUGACCAAAAGGAAAUUAAAAAUAAGGAUAAUACAAAUUAUUUUAAUCAUAAUAAAAUAAAUGAUCUUGAUAAGAAAAGGGGAAAAAAAAAAGAUGAAACAGCAAAUCCUUUUUAUAAUGAAGAAUGUAAUUUUUUAAAUUUUGUUUUAAGUUCAAAUAAUAUUCCUUUUUAUUCAUUAUAUUUUGAUGACAAGGAAGAAGAAAUAUAUCUAUUCCAAAAUAAUAAUACAAGAGGAUAUGAAUAUAAAAAGGAAAUUAUUAACCAUGUAAAAUAUAAUAAUGAUAUAAAAAUGGAGCAAACAAAAAGAAUCAGUUUAGAUUUACUACAUUCAGAUAUACUUUAUUAUAACAUAAGGAAGGGAAGUAAUAAUAGUGAUAUAUCAAAUAUUAAAACGUAUAAUAAUAUAAAAAUGAACAAGAAAGAAAAUAAUGAUUACCAUCAACAUGAUAGUAAUAAUAUAAAUAGUGACAAUAAUAAUAAUAAUAAUAGUAAUAGUAAUGUUUGUGGGGAAAAAAUAAUAUCAAAUAAAUUAGAACAUUUUAUUAGAAUUGAAAGAGAAUAUUCUAAAGAAAAACAUCAUAUAAAAAAAAAUGAAAAAAAUAAUUCAGAAGAUGAUAUGUUUUUCUUAAAUAUUACACAUUUUAUAAAUUGUUUUAUUGAUGCAAUAAAUAUAUUAUAUAUAAAUCAAUCCUAUGAUAAAAUAACAGUUGAGUGGUUAAGUUUUAUAACAAGAUUUUCCAUAUGUUUUAUACAUUGGAUGAAAAAUCAUGAUGAAAAUUUAAUUAACUUGGUACCAUUAAAUGAUAAACAAUUUGAAUUGAAAAAAAGAAAUCUUCUUUUCUAUUCUUUAUUUACAUCAUAUACAGAAAUAUAUAAUCUUUAUCAUUCUAUCGACAACACCAAUUCUUUUUCAGAGUGUAAAAAACGGUUUAUUAAUUCAAAAAAUUUAAAUAAUCCAUAUAAGCACAUAAAAAAAAAAAUAAAAAAAAAAAAUAAACAGCAUGAUCAUCAUGAUAUAAAUAAUGUAAACGAUAUAAAAGAUAUAGUUGAUAUAUAUAAUAGAAAUUAUAUGAGAAAUAACAACUAUAAGAGCAAUAACCAAAAUGAAUGUUUAAAUAAUUAUUAUAUGGAUAACCAUAAAAAGGACAAAACUUUUAUUACUUCAACAUGUUGUUCCUCUGAAUGUUUCAACGUUUCAGACGAUCAAUUUUUUAGAUGUGAGAAUGAUAUAAUUAAACUAUUAUUCGAUGAAACUUUAUUUAAUAAUUUAACAAUUACUCUAAUGGAAUUUUAUUUUGCAAUUUAUAUAAUACAAUUUAUUGAGAGUAAAAAGUUAUCAAUCUUAAUUUAUCUAUUCUGUGAGAAAAAAAAAUUGUUAAGUAAAGAGAGGCAAUUUUUAAAAAUACUCAUGUCAAGAAAACAUAUCAUACAAAAUAUUAUAAAUAAAAAUAAUUUAUCUACAAAUAUGAGUGAAUAUAUUGAAUAUAAUUAUUAUUUAGAAUAUAAUAAAAAAUUGAAAAAACAAAGAAAAAAAUUACUAAAUCUAAUUAUGAAUAAAAAACAACAAAUUCGAAAACUUAAAAGCAUAAAAAAUUUACAACUUAUGGAAGAAAAUAUUACGCAUGGAAAUAAUAAUAUAAAUACACAUUUUGUUAAAACAUUAAAGAAGUUAUUAGAAGAUGAACCUUCACAUGAAUCAGAAAAUAACAUAAAAUAA